AUGUUCAUCAAUCAUCCGGCUACCAUUCUAUUUGUAUCAAUCUCAAUCCUUGCCAUUUGUACAGGAGUGUUCGGUUAUAUGUCCCUCUUUGGUGUGACACUCGAUCCCAUAGUGAUGUCCAUUUCGAUUAUGUGCGUUGGCUUCAGUGUCGAUAUACCGGCUCAUGUGUCAUUCCAUUUCCAUGCGUCAAGAACACAUGUGAUGAAACGAUCAACUUGCUCAACACUAGCGUCUAAUGGUGGAGAAGUUUCUAGUCCGGGAAAAGUUGAUGAAACGUACUUCAAAUCGAGAAAGACACGGAGAAAUGAUCAGAAAAUAGGGGAUAAUAAAUCUAUUCGUCCUCAUGAUGGAAAUCAUCGGAUGCCAGCGGAAGCUGAUAAUCGUUCCGAAAUUGCGCACUAA